ACAAACCUCACAAGGCCCCGUGGUUUGGCAAGCCAGAUAGAAUAAAGGCGGCACGGUGUUUGGCUUUUGAACUGAGUUCAAGGCAAUUAAAGUUAUGGGCUAAAGAGGAAAGGAGGGGGUUUAGAAAUACCAGUAUAAUAAGUAGGAUGACUGCAGUACCCCGUAAAUUAACUCAAUUAGACAAAGCCUGAUUUAACGGGGGAAAGAUGGUGAGAAGCACUACCCUCAUUAAAUCUGGCUGUUAGAGGUGCUCCUAAUGGCUUUAAAUUUGUUUUAGCCGUUUGGAUCAUAUAAAAUAGUCUGUGCGUGUGCACGUACACACGUGUACACACGUGGGCUCUGCGAUUUUUGUAGGUAUUUUUUAAGGAGGAGAGCGCUAGAACGCCAAGCAAAACAAUAUCAACUCCCUCACCCUCAAAACCAAAAAUCAACGGAAUGAAUGCUCAAGAGCUUAAGAGUGGAAGACAAGGAGAAAGGCAGAGUAGAAUCAGGGAGUGGAAAGCAAGAGCGGGUUCUUCUGCUGAUAAAGCCAUGAGCCCCCUUGGGUGGGGGCUUUUGCUCGGUUGCCUGGGCUGUGGAAUCCUGCCUGGAGCCUGGGCACAGUUCCCCAGGGUCUGCAUGACCGUGAACAACCUGGUGAGCAAGGAGUGCUGCCCGCCACUGGGUGAGGACCCGGACAACAUCUGUGGCUAUCUGGAGGGCCGGGGCCAGUGUGUGGAGGUGCAAGCUGACACCAGGCCCUGGAGUGGUCCUUACAUCCUACGGAACCAGGAUGACCGAGAAUGGUGGCCAAGGAAGUUCUUCCACCGGACCUGCAGAUGCAGAGGACAUUUUUAUGGGUACCACUGUGGAUUCUGCAGGUUUGGCUGGACCGGCCACGAUUGCAAUGAAAGGAAACCCCUGGUUGUUCGGAAGAAUAUCCAUUCCUUGACUCUUCAGGAGAGAGAGCAGUUCUUGGACGCCUUAGACCUCGCAAAGAACACCACACACCCUGACUAUGUGAUCACCACACAACACUGGCUCGGCCUCCUGGGGCCCAACGGGACCCAGCCACAGAUCGCCAACUCCAGCAUUUAUGAUUUCUUUGUGUGGCUCCAUUAUUACUCUGUGAGAGAUACAUUAUUAGGACCAGGGCGCCCAUACAAGGCCAUAGACUUCUCACACCAAGGACCUGCCUUCGUUACCUGGCACCGGUACCAUUUGCUGUGGCUGGAAAGGGAUCUCCAGCGCCUUAUUGGCAACGAGUCCUUUGCUUUGCCCUAUUGGAACUUUGCCACUGGAAAGAACGAGUGUGAUGUGUGCACAGACCAGCUGUUUGGGGCAGCAAGACAAGAUGAUCCAACUCUAAUUAGUCAGAACUCAAGAUUCUCCAGCUGGGAAGUUAUCUGUGAUAGCCUAGAUGAUUAUAACCGCCGGGUCACCCUGUGUAACGGAACCUCCGAAGGCCUGUUGAGAAGAAAUCAAGUGGGAAGAAACAGUGAGAAAUUGCCAACUUUAAAAGACGUGCAAGAUUGUCUGUCUCUCAAGAAGUUUGACAAUCCCCCUUUCUUCCAGAACUCUACCUUCAGCUUCAGGAAUGCCCUGGAAGGGUUUGAUAAAGCAAACGGGAUCCUGGACUCUCAAAUGAUGAGCCUGCAUAACUUGGUUCAUUCCUUCUUGAACGGGACAAGCGCUUUGCCACACUCUGCUGCCAAUGAUCCCAUUUUUGUGGUACUUCAUUCCUUUACUGAUGCCAUUUUUGAUGAGUGGAUGAAAAGAUCCAAUCCUCCUGUGGAUGCCUGGCCUCAGGAACUGGCGCCCAUUGGCCACAAUCGGAUGUACAACAUGGUUCCUUUCUUCCCUCCCGUGACUAAUGUGGAAUUCUUUUUAACUGCAGACCAACUUGGCUACAGCUAUGCCAUCGAUCUACCAGUUGAAGAAACUCCAGGUUGGUCCACAACCCUCUUGGUGGUUAUGGGAAUGUUGGUGGCUCUGGUUGGCCUUUUUGUGCUGCUGUUUUUCCUUCAGUAUAGAAGACUUCGAAAAGGCUACACACCCCUAGUGGAGACACAUUUAAGCAACAAGAAGUACACAGAAGAAGCCUAGAGAGCUCACGCCUUUCCCUAGAGAAGCGGCCGUAGGACCCUGCUGAUGUACAAACGAAUCCUCGCUGUCCCUCCUUUAGUUGAAGAUGUUUGACACGGUUCUUCCUAUUGUAGUGAUUAUCCCAAACACAGAAGACGCUUAGCUGUAGUUGCUGGUUUACUUGUUUAACAGACUCAAACUGGAAUGUUUGAGGCUAUUUCUCUCACCAAACUAAGGUAGAGCUAACAAUUUAUGGUAUCUGAUAAUAACUUCCACACUGAUUAAGCCUCCUCAUGUUCUGAGAACACACACACAUGCACGUGCGCGCACACACACACAAUUGAUAGAGUGGGUUCAUUUUAAUUUGCAGGUCAGUGUAAUUUGAGACCUGGGCAAGAUCGUGGUUCGAUUUUUUCUUAGCCCAAGUGUCUUCAUUUGUAAUGGGGUGGGGGUAGGGGAGGCAGGUGCUUCCUGAGUCUCCAUGAGUUUAGCUCUAAACAUCAAUGCUUUUAGGUGCCUUCCUGAUUGUCUUUCUGAGGCCUGCUGUGUCUUUUCUUCUGUAGCCUUUACAAUGUGCUUGAAGAUCCUAUUUUCCAAAUAGGAUGGAGAAUGACUGACUGAAUGAAUGAAUGAUCAGUUUGAUUCUCUUUCGUAAAUUAGACUUUCCAGAAUUUGUCAAAACCUGCAGUUCUUAACAGUAGACAUAUCAUGAGAUUCCAUAGCUGGAUAAACAUUGAUCCUAUAGUGAUAAAGAUGAAGGGUUAAGUUAUAGAGUUUCCUAAUUAAUAUACUGUUUUAAGUCUACUAACAAGUAUAGAAACACUUCUUUGAGGAAAGGCUGACUGGAAAAGGCUGUGAGGCUAGAAUCCUGAAUAUGGGACAAUUUGAUUAGAGUUUCAUUACUCUGAGGUCUCAUUUGGCUGAUCCUGAACGAAUUACUUUACCAAGUAGCCUCUCAGAUGAGAAAUUAUUCAUGUAUAAUGCCGUUGGUUUAUUUUUAAGAGUUGACUUUAGAUUUACUAAUGCUGCACUGUACUGACAGUGACCUAUGGAUGCUAAUCAAUUAAGUCUUAUCAUUUUAAAAGCAAACCAUUCAUACAAAAUGCGACAAUGCAGAAUUAAAUGGUUGUGUUCCACUAAGUAAUCAUUGUAUCAUGAGACAUAAGAAUGGACAAUCUUUACUAAGAUACACAGACUUACCAAGAUGACCCCUACUUCUGAGAAGUUAACAGUUACUGAGAUUUCAAGGUAAAUUUCCUCUGCUCUUAUCUGGCACCUGUGCUUCAGGAGUGAGGCCAGAGUUCUAGAAGGUAGCCUGUGUGUCCACUCACUUCAAAUCCUCUUUACUGGAAUGGAUGUGUGUGAAGAAUGGGUGGGAAGAGGACCCUGGAGCUAGAUACUUUCUACAUAGAGGGGGUUAGGUGCUAAAGGGUGUAAGAUUCAUCAAGACGCAGUGUUAUCCCCCUGGAAUGAGACUGUGAAAGCCAGAGAAAUGGACAAGGCCCAUUCUGAACUGAAUUUGAGCCUGAGUCUCGUAAAGCUACAGGUAUAUCUGAGAGUGGGCUCAGCACAUGAGAAUCAAGGUAGCCCAGGGUCCUUUGUGGACCUUUUCUAGCCACAGCCACACAUAGAUCUCAUUCCUGCCUUUAACAGUAUCUAUGGAAAAUUCAGCAGUUUCAUGAACGUACUCUAGUCCAGAAGGUUUACUCUCUGAACUUGGGGUUGUUGAGGAACACAGUUUUACAUCCCUGUUUUUAAGCUAAAAGAGAAACGUUAAAAUGAAGAUAUAAUUGUGCAUGGUAGGUGUGUUUCUGAAAAGUUACAUUUAAAUCAAUGAUAUGUUAAAAGUACCAGGGGAAAUUACUUCUUAUAGAUGAACUAUAUGAAUAAUUCUACAAAGCAAAUAACCACCUCUAGCUUACUUUUCAGGUACAUCAGAAUUUUCAUUCAUCAUAUUCCCACACGAUUUAUUUAAAGCAAGAUCUAUCUGAGGUAGAAAUAGAGGGUAAUCACUUACACUUAGCUACUUUUAUCUAUAGUGAAUGCAACUUUUUACAAACAUUAUGUUUUAUAAUGUCUUCCUAAGAGAAAUGAUUUCCUAAAUUUAUAGUUCAUAGAAGAGGAAUAAAAUUUUCUAACAUUUUCUAACAUCACAAUAAAUCAAUGAUGAAUGCCUUUUAUGAAAUUUAAAGGUGGAGCGAACUUGUUGGAAUGAAAAAGUUGGUAUUUACUUACAUUGAAUAUUAUGCAAAUAAAGUCAGAAAAUACCAGGAAGCAUUGUACGGUUGUAUUUCUCAAUGACAGUGGAAAAACUCCAACCUUGAAGAAAAUGAAUAGAUCACUGUAUAUGUUUCUAUCCUCAGUAUUAGAAAAAUUGUAUGUAAAUGAAUUAUGGUUUCGAAAGAAAUGCUUUUAUAAAGCAAACAUUCAGAAGUGAAAUUAAACCUAAUAACUAGCUUUCCUUUGUGAAUGAAACUCUCUUCUAAUUGUAAAAUUCCUUGCUAUUAAUUUGUGUUCUGCUUAGGAUUUAACAUUGUUAAUUGUAGUAAUCCUAAUGAGUAAUUUUAAUCUUAUAUUAACAAGAAGUAAAAAAAAAUUAUUAAAGAGAAAAAUGAAAAAAAAA